UUUCAGAUUUGAAAAACUACGCAGGACCGCCCUUUGAAAAACAGUCCCAAGCUGGAAGCACAAUUGGAUCCAUAUCGAAAACUUGCAAAAUUUCGGGCGGCACAAAAGAUUUGUCGAUCACAACUUCAAAACCGAAUUUUUGUAAGCCCGAUUAUAAGUGCGGCAGGGGCUCAUGUUUUUUACAUGGUUAAUUUGGAAAUAUAUAAAUUUUAAAUAAACUCACAUAGUUAACAAAUAUGCCAACUGACUUGAUUGGAUAUUUAUAUGCUGCUACUGUGGCUGCUGGUGGCAUUACAGGCUAUGUUAAAGCCGGUUCCAUUCCCUCGUUGGGCGCUGGUUUGGCCUUUGGUGCUAUACUUGGCGUAGGUGCACAUUUUAAUUCACAGGAGCCCCCACGUCCACUCUUGCAGUUGGGCACAGCGGUUGCUUUGGCCGGCAUGAUGGGUGCACGUUGGCGGCGUUCCGGAAAACUAAUGCCUGCUGGCAUGAUUUGUGUGAUAUCCGUGGCAGCCAUAUUGCGAAAUUUGGUUGCAUACAACCGGUACUUGCCCCUCCCAGGAAGGCAGCAGUAAAUGCGUAUAGCUGCCUAUAUUGCUGGCAU